AUGUGGUCCGCCGAACUCGCCUCCAUGGGCGUUAAGCUCCUCCAGCGAGAUUCUGACGAGUCCGACCCCGAAGAGGGCGACUCCGCCAAGAAGGAACUUUUCGCAGCAUGGGCGCUCUUCAUCUCCAUCAUGCUGCUCAUCAUCGCCUUCUUCACCAGCUACUUGGUGCAGAUGAAAAAGGUCACGGCCAUCCACGAAACCGUCAUCUCCAUCUUCGCUGGCAUGAUUGUCGGUCUCGUUCUACUCAUCACCUCGGGCGACUCGAUUCGAAACCUCAUCAGCUUCGACUACCAGAUCUUCUUCAACCUCCUGCUGCCCCCCAUUAUCCUCUCCUCGGGCUACGAGCUACACCAGGCCAACUUCUUCAGGAACAUAGGUACCAUCCUGACAUUUGCAUUUGCCGGUACCUUCCUCUCGGCUAUUGUCAUUGGCUUGAUUCUGUGGCUCUUCAGCUGGGUUCCUGGGUCUCUGGACAUUAGCUUCAUUGACGCCAUUUCCGUUGGCGCAACACUGUCCGCCACCGAUCCCGUCACCAUCCUGGCCAUCUUCAACACCUACAAGGUCGACCCCAAGUUGUAUACCAUCAUCUUUGGAGAGUCUAUCCUGAAUGAUGCCAUUGCCAUCGUCAUCUUCGAGACGGCGCAGAAGUAUAACAAGGGGGAAGCCGGCAGUCUCGGCUUCAUCAGCUUCUUCGAGGGUACCGGCAUCUUUUUGCUCGUCUUCUUCUGCAGUAUGCUCAUUGGUUUCCUGGUGGGCGUGGCUACUGCGUUGUUGCUGAAGUUCACUUACCUCCGCCGGUUCCCCAAGAUUGAGAGCUGUUUGAUUAUCCUCAUUGCCUACGCCACCUACUUUUUCUCCCAUGGACUGCACAUGUCUGGUAUUGUGUCGCUGCUGUUCUGCGGUAUCACUCUCAAGCACUAUGCCUACUUCAACAUGUCCAGGCGAACCCAGCUUACGACCAAGUUCUUCUUUCAAAUAUUGGCGCAGCUGUCCGAAAACUUCAUCUUCAUCUAUCUCGGCCUGGCACUAUUCACGGAUAAUGCCCUUGUUUUCCAACCGCCUCUGAUUAUCGUAACCAUCCUGGCUGUAUGUGCGGCCAGAUGGGUCGCUGUCUUCCCCCUAUCCAGGGCCAUUAACUGGUUCCACCGUUACCGAGCGCGCAGGCGCGGCCUUGAGGUUGGUGACGAGUUGCCGUACAACUACCAAGCCAUGCUCUAUUGGGCCGGUCUUCGUGGAGCUGUGGGUGUCGCCCUUGCGGCUCUCCUCACGGGAGAGAACUCGUACGCGCUCAGGGCCACUGUCUUGGUCGUUGUUGUGCUCACAGUCAUCAUCUUUGGUGGCACCACGGCCCGAAUGCUCGAGAUCCUCGGUAUCCGUACCGGCGUGGUCGAAGAGAUUGAUAGUGACGAUGAGUUUGACAUUGAGUCGUUUGGCGGUGGCAUCCAGGUCAAGCGAUCGGGAACCGGCAUCGGAUUCAACCCUCGUAGAAACGGCAGCGUGGCGUUGAACAGCCUCGAGGUAGGUGAGGGAGCCAGCUACGUCUCUGGCGCCUCGUCACCACACACAGGGACUCGCCCUAGCAGCAAGAGUCGCAAGAACUCGAUGAAGCACCCCGACGAAUUCGAGCGGUCCGAUCUGCUCCGUGCCAACACAGACGACUCGGAUAUUGGUAGCGACAUUGAUACCUCUGAUCUGCCGCCACCAGCUCGCCGCUCGCCGCUCCCUCGCGCCAGCACCAGCCCUAUGCCACAGACCAACAACAGCACGUUUACGUCCUCAGGAGAGGCAUCCGCUCCAACCCUUACAGCGUCGAGCGCGAUUCGACAGCUGUGGGCCGCCGACGACCCCGCCAGUGUUUUCCACCAACUGGACGAGGACUUCAUCAAGCCUAGGCUACUACUCCAUGGCGAUGGAGCGCGAGCCAGCGCAAGCGGAAACGGAAAUGGAAACGGGGGUUCGAGCUGA